UCAUAUUCAAUCGAAAAGUAAGCUACAGAUAUCGAUUCUUAACUGUCGAUGAUCUCCAUUUCAGUCGAACCAAAUCUUCUUUAGCAGACCAGGCAUCGUCUUUGCCUUGUCUGCUAUUCAUUCAAUCCGCUGCUGAGAGAUCUAAGUCUCUCUGAUGCUUCUGUUUCAAACUUCCAGCUAGUAAUUUGCAGGCAGAUGAAUGUAUAGUGGCAUAUCAGAGACUUUAUCUGGAUUGUUUAGUAAUCAAGGAUGAAAGGAGGCUUCUAUGGUCUUAAAAGAAGACAGAUUUCCCUUUUUCUCUUAGCACUUGCAUGUACAACCCUUGUAAUUUGGGCAUGCAACAAAACAUCCUUCCUUAGCACCAUUAUUCCCUCUCAGAGUGGCCUGUUUCAGCUUUCUCCAGAAUCACAUAAUACCUCUGUUGUGGACAAAGAAACGGAAAUUGGUCUAUUGAAAAGCCCUUAUGAUGCAUCAUAUAAGAAUGGGGAGUUAUUUGAGUCAGAGAAGAAAACUUCACAAUUGAAAGAUAAAAAGCCUUUUGAUGCUCCAGAUGCAAUAAACCCUGCAAUAAGUCCAUCCAUUGAAGAGAAAGGGUCAUUACACAAAGAUAAUGCAGGAUCCAUUAACAUAUUUAAAGACAGAGAAAAUAUGAACUCGACGUCUGCAGGAAACAAAGCAUGUAACUAUGCAAUAGGAAAGUGGGUCUUUGACGACAAUCACCCUCUUUAUUCUGGUUCUGGUUGCAAGCAGUGGUUGUCUGGAAUGUGGGCUUGUCAUUUGAAUCAAAGGACUGAUUUUGCUUAUGAGAAGUUAAAGUGGCAGCCUAAAAAUUGCCAAAUGGAAGAAUUUACUGCACCCAAAUUUUUGGAAAGGAUGCGGCACAAAACUUUGGCCUUCAUUGGUGAUUCUUUAGGCCGACAGCAAUUCCAGUCUAUGAUGUGUAUGGCAUCAGCCGGUCAGGAGAUGCCUGAUGUUGUUAAUGUCGGUUGGGAGUACGGUCUAGUCAAGGCCCGAGGUGCUAAAAGGCCUGAUGGAUGGGCAUAUAGAUUCCCUACCACAAACACCACCAUUCUCUAUUACUGGUCAGCUAGUCUAUGCGACUUAGAACCACUCGAUCCAACAAAUCCUCAAACCGAAUACGCAAUGCACCUCGAUAGACCUCCAUCAUUCUUGAGCCGUUACAUAGAAAGAUUUCAUGUUGUGGUUCUCAACACUGGUCACCACUGGAACAGAGGAAAACUUACUGCUAACCGUUGGAUCAUGCACAUCGGCGGUUCACCUAGCUUCGUCAAUAAGAUUGAUGACAUGGACGGUGCAAAAAACUUUACUAUUUACAGUAUUGUGAAUUGGGUAAAUACACAACUUCCAAAAUACCCGGGUAUGAAAGCAUUUUAUAGGUCUAUAUCUCCAAGACACUUCUUGAAUGGAGAUUGGAACACUGGAGGAACAUGUGACAAUAUUACCCCUCUUUCUAAUGGGAAAGAGGUGUUUAAGGAGGUAUCUGAUGACCCUUUUCCUGCUGGGGCAGUUAAGGGCAAAAAUGUCAAAUUCUUGGAUGUAACCGCCAUUUCGAAGCUUAGGGAUGAAGGUCAUGUAUCGCGGUAUAGUAUCAGACCUACACCGGGAAUGCAGGAUUGUCUACACUGGUGCUUACCUGGUGUUCCCGAUACUUGGAACGAAAUCCUUUUCGCCCAAAUAUAGUUCAAGAUAUGAUUUACAUGAUUUUUUUUUUUUUGCUUCCAAUAGAGGAUUUGAUUAUAGUUUACAAAAGAAAUAUAAUAGAUAAAUUUUUUCUUC